GACGACAAAAGAAAAAAAGAGACGCCUCAACGAUGGCAGCAUCAAGCACCUGGUUAAUGAGAGGGGAUGAAUGAUACGGGAGUUUGAAAACGAACGACAUGCGUGGUAACGGGAAAUUAAAACAUGGUUUACGCACUAACGUGGUUCCUGGAGUACCAAUUCUGCUGUAAUUUAAAAUGGAGUGGUAGGGGGAAGAGAAUCGGGUUGUCUCCAUCAUUGGGUGGCGAAUCCACCUGCUAAUACCGGAGGCCCAGGCUCGGGAAAACAUGGAGAAGUGCCUACAUUGAGGGGAAAAUUGUCCAAACAUCCUAGCUUUUAUCUGGCAGCGGAAGGUGGCUCUCCGGCGUCAAGAAGAAAACCAGUAUCUCGAUGCAUCUACAAGAUGUGGGACAGUGGAGGUGAUGCACACGAGGAGUAACGCCUUCUCUAAUUGAUGGAUGUCCCAAAGGAGACCAGUCUCAUUGUGCAGGCUUUGAAUUCAGCACAGACCAGUGCAUUGGACCAGACCGGAUUACAUGAGCUGAGAAGUAAUCUGAGGCUGUAUGGUACUCCAGAUGCUGCCUUAGCCCCGUUAUCUUCAAUUGCUGCAUUGAGUGCCCAAAGAGGGGAUUCAGACUGCCAAAGGGUGGCACUGACAUUAAGGGAGUAUCAAUUCUCGGGCCCACCUUCACCAGAGACUCUCACCGAGGCCCGUAAGCAGCCCGCUGAUGAGUUCUGCGGACACGGCAUUUCCCUCACAUCCUGUGUUACCAAGGAUGUGAGCCGCUGGGCCCUGGGGGAAGACAGCACCAAGCCACCCUUCACCAUGAUGGAGUCAAUGGGUGUCUCUGGGCUGACCGAAGACUGCUUGAUUCAGCAGAGCCGCAGUUGCCUGGGCUGCGGUGUCGAGACCAAGGAUACAUCGGAUGCUGAGCCCAGUGUAAGCCUCAAAAUGGCCGACAUUAACCAGGAGUAUGAUGCUUGCUCCCUCUCUGACAUUAGCAUGCAGUGCAUGAGCACCAGUGAGACAGGCAAUUAUGGGGAGCAGCUCUUGUCUGACCAACUUUUGAGCUUUCCCAUGCCUAAGUCCCAGCUGGAGGGAAAAAAGGAUAUGGAAAAGAUAGAAAAUGAGCCCAAUCAGACAUCCAAAAACAUGCAUGAAGGUCUGUUGCUGGACAAGUGCAAUGGAGAAGAGAGCCUGCUCACCACUUCAAACCAGGACUGGGGUUACUUUGAGUCCUUCAUCAGUGAGAGCAAAAUGGAGCUGCUGGACCUCUGUUCAAAAAAUGAGCUUUCAGUGAACCUCUUCUCAGAGGAGGAUGUGGACAACUACAUGUUUGACGAUGAUGAUGAUGAUUCAACACUAAGCAGUGACAUGUGCUCACUGAAGAUCCGCUAUGAGUCCUUCCAAGACAACAUGAGGGAAAAAACUAAUGUUCUUCAGGAGGAAGCACAAUUCAACUUUUUCCCCAGUGUCCUAGUGAACUGCACUAAAAAAGAGACUAAUGUAGUUAGGCGGAGUGUGGAUGGACUCUUACCCAAACCUGAAGAGCUUGGACUAGAACAUGAAAGUAAAGGAGAUGACAAUGACAGCUCCUUAGAUAGGACACCUGAUUACAGUCCAAAAAUGAACUACUUCAUUGAUUCUAGCAACUCAGCUGAAGACUCAGGAGAGUACAGUGAUGACAGUUCCUGCACUGGGUACUCCAUUGACACUUUCCAUGAGGGCAAACAUAGAAAUUCAUUUUCUCUAAAGAAUGUAUGCUCUUCCCCUCUAAAUUAUGGACUACGAGCAAAGCGAAAAGUGAGGUACAGUGAUGACUACCUUUAUGAUGUUGACUCAAUUGAAAGUGAAAAAAACAAUGAAAAGCGUGAGAAACUGUCUUGUGGUCCUAAAGAGGAAGAGGAUGAUGAUUGGUGCCCUAAAAAGAGAAGAAAAUCCUCCCGCAAGGAGCCACCUGUGAUAAUCAAAUAUAUAAUUAUUAACAAGUUCAAAGGAGAAAAACGCAUGUGUGUGAAGCUCAGCAAAACUGAUCCAGCAGUCACAACUGUAAGUUUAACUGAGGACUUAAUCAGCGAAUAUCAAAAACUCGCUCCUCUGAAGGAUUUCUGGCAGGAGAAGCACAGGGAGCAAGAGGAGCAGCUUCGGCAGGCGGCAGGAGAUAAACACAAUUUCCAUCUUAAUGGUCGCCAUCGGCCCUUUAGUUCCAGUCCUCCCAAAAGGAAACACAAGCUAGCAAACAGACUCAGGAUUCAGAGGAUUCAAACUGUGGAGCAAUCACCCCAGAAGCAGGGCUUCUCUCCCUCUGAUCCCAGGGUGGACGUUGGCACUAAAGACGAGACGGCCCCCACAGCAAGGCCAUUAACAAUGGCAGCCUCCAGCUGUGCAAGUGCAUUAGAUGCAAAUGACAUCAUACACACUGUUACCCCAAAGAGCAGAUCACAAGAGAGAGAGGAGAGGAGAAUGGGAAAUAAAAUGGUCAGAAUACGGAAAUUCAAAAGCGAAGCGAGGCUGAAGUGCAAGAAAAUGAGAGACCUUGAAGAGAGUGGCGAAAGCAUGACAAACCCAGCUGACGCUUGUGCAGUGCUAGAAAAUAAGGACAUGGUAGGGGGUGGCAACGAAACAGAGAUUGACUCAGCUGUACACAGUCCCCAGUUGUGUGAGAGUCAAACACCUGAGGAUACUGAAAAAUUUGCUUUCAUGUCUGCCACCUGCUCCCCUAAUAAUGCUACGUCAUCCCAGGAUGUGGCCACGAGUGUACCCGUUAUCCCCGGAGGCUACCUACAGACAUUAUUAGAUGCUUCAGAUUCCUCAGGCAGCUCUGGUGUCCCUUUCUUCCCUCAGCAGACCCCCAGGCAACAUUCACUGGGACUCUCAUUGGAAGAUCAACAAUUUGCUUCUCUUCAGCUGGCCCAAAGCUGUGUACUCUCCCCACCCUCUGAAUCAGAGCUCCAACAGUCACCCCAGAACUGCCCAAAUCUCACCCAGAUGUGGCACUCCCAGCUUGGCCCAAACCAGCAAUUCACUUCAAAUAUCCCUGAAACAGCCAUCCUGCCCAACAAUUUCUCUAAUGCCAUGCCUGUGCCAAUGUCAGAGAAUCUGGCAGUGCCAGGGUACAGCCAACUGGGUCUGGAAGGCAACAGAAUGCUUUAUGAAAAAAAUUACAUGCCCGAGCAGGCGCUGCCGCCUGAUGCAGAAUUUCAAGUGUGUCAGGUUCCCUGCGUGGAGGGCCAGCUACAGUUUCAAAGAGGCACACUGCACACUGACAACGGCAGGCUCAUCAGUUUUGACUCAGUUGGCUCGCUGUCAGCUACUUCCAGCAAUUACAGCUCUCUGAGUCUCAAGUCCUGCGAGAAGGAUGGUGAGGAUGAUGUGAACGAGAACUUUCUGGCCCACUGCAGUCCCAAACUGGUGAUUCAGCAGAGUAUUGAUGCAAUCACACCCCUGAGGGAGUCCACAGACUUACUGGAUAUCUCUAACUUCACUCCAGAUAAAUUCAGACACACAUCUUUGUCCGAGCUAUCACCCCCUGAGACACCCAAUUUAUCCCCCCAGGUCAUAGGGCGAGAGAUGAAGAUGGUGGGAAAAGCCAAGGUUCUCUCAAAUGGGUCUGAGAUGCCACUGGAGGACAACCAAGAAAUGAAAUGGAAUUGUACCAUGAUAGAGCAGCAAAAUCAUCUGACUGGAUUCACAGGUGAUAGCCACCACUAUCAGUUGCACAGUUUUAAUCAAGAUGACUGCUUAUGUCUGAAAAAGGAAGGAGUGAAUCAGGCCGACUUUUAUGAGCAGGCUGCUGACAUGAUUGGUGGGAUAAAAGGUGCAAAGUCAAAGAGGAAAAACAGCAGCAAACAAUCUGCAGGUCAGGUCACCAAAAAAAGCAAAACACCAAGAGCUGCAAAGGGCGAGAAGGUCAAGAGCCCAAGACAGAAUUCACGAGCAUCCAAAAAGCUAAAAGCCUUAUUGGAUGAAAAGAGUGGUAAAAGCCAGCUUGGAGGCUCAAAGUAUAUGUCCCACCAGCUAACAGACAACAGUUCUGACGACUGGCCAGGCAUGGGCUGGCCAGAGAAAAACAGUCAGGCUGAUGACCAACGAGAGUUUGAAGAGCCCUCAAACAUUCUUUCUAACAUUGUAUCGGGGAUGGCUGAGGUGCAGCGUUUCAUGAUGGCCUCUAUUGAACCAAUAUGGGGCCCAGCAGUAGACAUCUGUUUACCCUCAGAGGCGAACAGUCUGAAGUUAAAGACUCUCAAAAUCCUGGCAGGGACCUCAUCUGAUCCCAAAAAGAAAGGUGCUGUCUCUGUUGGGGGCACCAAAGGCAGGAAAGCAGGGGGCAAAGGUAGCAAAAAUCAGGCGAAAUUAAAUGCCUCUCAUCCCCUUUUCCCCCAGUUGACUCUGGGCUGUAACAUGUUUGACAAGCCUAACCUUGGUGUCCCUGGCAUAAAUGGGCCUGCACACAAAAAGAUGUACCGUCACAAAACCAGUGCAAAAUUCCCUCGGAUCGAAAACCUUAAGGGCAAGAGGGCUGAGCGAGACCCGAGUAAGGACAUAGCACUGAUGACCUCUUUUGAAAAACUGAGGUAAUAUUUUGUAACUAGCUGCUGAUGCACGUUCCUCACUUUUCCCCCCAACUUCCUGCUCAGCCCUCGUCCCUGACAUACCUGCACUGACUGACAGAAUGCCAGAGAUGCAUGGAAAUUACAUUAAAUUCAACCCACUCUUCUUAUUUUUUGACCCCACCUACCCACUUCCUACCUUGAGCCCCAAGAAGAUAUAGAUAUCUUGCAUGAGAAAAUUCUUGUACUUGCAAACUACCUAUUGAGUGAUUGUUUAAGGCUUGACUGAGAUUUUAAAAUACCAUGGCUGCAUUUUCUUCUUGCUUUUGCUGUUUCUCCUUGUAGUUGUUUUGAUUCUUUUUGUCUGAAGAGAAAAAUCCUUGAUAAAUACAAUGUCUUUUUGCAAGACUUUUCUUUUAACAGUGAAAUUUGCUGCCCUAAACUUAUGUAAUUAUAUUCCUCAUUUGAAACAUAGCUAUUCGGACAAAAAUGCAUUUGUGUAAGCUCCCACACCCCCCCCCCCCCCCCUUAGUUUCUGUAUGCAGAACAGGUUGACCUCUCCCUCAUACUGCCUGAUUUUUUCAAGUGGGAAAUGCUCAGCUUCCUGUCUAGGAUAAUCAACAUUCUUUGUAGGCCCCAAGACAUCAAUAGCACAUAAUGGGACCAUUUUGUAUCGAAGACAUAUCAGAUUAACAUUUUUUUAUUGAUGGAACGAAGUUGAAUUUUCAUCCUAUGCGUUUACUAUGCUUUUACAGGAGUUUUACUGGAGCUUACCUUCGAGGGACAUUUCUAAGACAUGGGAAUUAAAUGUGCUUCAUGUUUUUUUGCCUUUUCUUUCUUUUUUGUUGUCUAUGUCCCUGUACAGAAAUGCACUAUUUAAUGCAAACAUUAAUUCUUAAGCUCUAUGUGCCAAAUGUGAACAAAUUUAUUAUGAAUAUGAAUUCUGGCUGUUUCAUUUACUAUCUAUAAGAAUUUUGGCCCUUCUCUUUUGAGGCUCUGUGAAAGUUAACAUUCCAGAUUUUUCCUCUUUGCUUUUGGGACCAUAUAUUGUGAAGAGCACCUGCAGCUGACAGUGGUACAUAACCACUCACUUAACCAAAACAACAAGACGUUGAAGACUUUCCUUUUUUCCAUCUACUUGCCAAAUUCAGCUUUUCUCAGCAUAACCUGGCUUUGAGAUUAAAAAAGACAAAUGAGGAGAGAAACAUUUUAACAAAAAGCAGAGAAUAUAUGUACAGUGCUCAUUCGGGAUAGAUAAAGACUUCUAACUGAUGUCAAAGUGUAAGCACAGUCAAAAUGAGGUAAUUCCCCUUACUGUAAUUGGUGGGAAAGUAUGUGUGAACUUAAUUGGCAUGGAAACCGACAGGGAUAACUCCCAUGUUAAAUCUGAGAAAAAAAAAGUUAAACACUUGUAAAACACCCUUAAAUUAUCUUGAACAUUUACAGUUAAUGGAAAUAUCCAGAUAUGGUUCAGUAGGCCCUCAGAUAGGCCCUGCACUGGACUGUAAUAUUGGAUGUAGUGGUUUAUACGAUUUAUAAUUUUUUUUAUAAAGAAUAGAGUACCACAGUUGGUAUGUCACAUAGGUGUCAGGCACUGGGCACUUGUUUAUUACUAUACUGUUCUACCUACAUGGUAGCAUGUAAAGUCCUCUGCUACAGAACACAAACAUGACCAGAUGACUUCAGAGUUGUUGUAAGAGUAUAAAGGCAGCAAACAAUUACUUUAUUGGCAAGUCUUACAUCUUUAAAUUCUAGAAAAUAUUGAUGCAUUGUAUACAUAAAAAGACUUACAACACAUUAAUCCAGUAACAUCUCAAAUUAAUAAAGAAAUCCAUAUACAAUUUAAGGUAAAUAGUGUUGGAAGCUCAUUAUAAUUUUCUAUAGGUAUUUUGACUAGUGAUGACAUUCCCACAGUGGUACUCUGUGGAGAAUUUGAUUAGAAUCCUGCACACCAAUGAACGUCUAUGAUUAUCAGAAAAUAUGCUGCUUGUAAAAGAGAUGCUGCAUUUGCUAUUUCAGUUCAACUUAAAAACUGAAAUAACUUUGAAUUAAAUGAAUUAUUGUUUCAUUUUACUGAAAUAUGCAUUUUCUACUUUAAAAUAUAAACGUCAUUUUCUAGAAAAUAUUUUAAGGGACAUGGUUGAGAAUGGUUUAAUGCUCUGGAUCAUUCCAUUCUCCAAAAUAUUUCCAUAACAUAGUUUUACUCUGUGUCCUUCUGCCCUCUCUGUUCUGUCUAGCUUGCCAUGUUUAGGAGCAGUUCAUGCUGAUGAUGGGUAAACUGCACAUGGGCCAUCAUGCCCAAACAUCUGCCUUCUCUAAUUUCUGCCUAUUUUCAAUUGAAUGUACUUCUUCAGAUUUGUACUGUGUGCCACUGUUGAGCUGCCUCCUCUUACUGGUGCUAAGGAAGUUUUUUUCCCUCCCAGAUUCAAUAAAGGAAAAAAAAAUUAUAUACACACACACACUUCUGUAUGAAUAUGAAAAAAAAGAUCCCCUCUUUAUGAAUGUACAAUAUAUGGAUAUAUAUUCACACAAUAAUAAUUUGACAUUAAUUGGGAUUACUUUUUGCUUUUUGUUGAAAAAAUUAUUGAGCUUUAUAAAUACUGUCGAGUUGAAGGAUUCUUAAUGAACUCUUGACAUUACAAAAAUACUGUAUAUUUUUCUCUGUGCCAAUUUGUAACAUAUUUUGUAAGUGUAUAUUUUUCUUAGAAAGUGCUGUGAAGUAUUAGUGUGUGUGAGUAACCUUUUUUGCGCCUCUGUAGGCUGUGAAAAGGAUGUAUAAUGAAAAGGUUUCUGGUUUUAAAAACCAAAAUACUAAGUAACAUUAAAAAAUCUACAUUUUUGUUGGGAGUUUUGUACGAGGAAAUUGACCUUGUUGUGGGAGCAUUGUGUUAUUGUGGAAAACACAAAUAAGCAAACUAAAAAAAUUAAGAAAAAAAAAAUUUAAUUUGUGAACUACUUGCUGUUUUAUAGAUUUUUCAUGUAAAUUAUUCUAGUAUUAUUUUGUUUAUGUUGUGUUGCAAAAGUUUUAAAUAUUUGUGAAUCCGCCUGUAUGGUGACAAUGUAAUAUUGGUACUUGCUGAGUUUUGUAAUAAUGUUUAUGGAGUAAAUAUACAAUUAAAAUGAGAUUUUGAA